AUGUCUUUAACAUAUAUAGUAAAUGGAUUAAAAAAAAAAUUGAUGAUAAAACAUUUGGAAAUAUUAAACGAAUCGCAAGUGGAGCAUUUAGAACGGUUUUAUCGUGCUGAUUCAAUAAAUUUAGGAAAACAUCAUCCAAAAAACAUUUUAGUUCAUGAAGAAAGGCUAUUGAUAACAGAUUUGGGAUUAUCUCAACCAUUAGAUUCUAAUUCCAUGUCUGAAAUAUGUAGAAAGGUUACUUCCGGUGAAAGAGAGAAAUCUAUUAACGAAACACCAAAAGAUUAUAUCAUAUAUUCAAGUGCAUGGAAAAAUGAUCCAAAUCAAAGGCCAAAAAAUAGUCUCUAA